UUGUAUAGUAAAAGUAUCGGAUAGUAGAAGAAGGAAACUUCUUGUUUCCGUUUAAGGUACCAACGUUAACAAUAUCCCUAACCAAAGUCUUUAUUUCCGUUUGUCAGUCCUGUUAAGGUGGAAAGAUGACCUGUAAAAGGAGAAAUGGGGGACGCUCCAAACACGGACGCGGUCACGUUAAACCUGUAAGAUGUACGAAUUGCGCUAGAUGUGUCCCUAAAGAUAAGGCCAUCAAGAAAUUUGUUAUUCGUAAUAUAGUAGAAGCUGCUGCUGUAAGGGAUAUUACUGAAGCGUCAGUUUAUCAAGCUUACGUUCUCCCUAAGCUCUAUGCCAAGCUCCACUACUGCGUAUCCUGCGCUAUUCACAGUAAAGUUGUACGUAAUAGGAGCAAAAAGGAUAGAAGGAUCAGGACACCACCGCAAAGGAAUUUCCCUGGUAGAGAUAAUGCUAGAGUUCAACAACAACAACCCCGAAAGUAAAAUGUUUGCAUCAGUUUUACAUUAAAAGUUUCAAAAUG